UAUGAGGUUGGCAGUAGAAAGCUGUCAUGCAGACGCACUACUGUAGUAGUAACGGGGCAGAAGGGGAAAAUAACUAAAUUAUUACUAGGGAUAAAGAAAAAAACAUUUAGGACAGUAUUACAAUUUUUGUGUAAACAAAUGGCUGUUGGGGGUAAAACAACACAAAUAAGCUGUGAAAGGGGGGUAAUACACGAGUAAGGAAUUCUUAAAAAAAAACAUUUUACUUUGUUUUAUAGCUAUUUGAGUUAAAUAUACAACUGUUCACCUGAAUGAUUUCAGACAAGUAAGCACAGUGACUAUCUAGGCUCUUAGAGGAAAUAAUAAAAUACCAAAGUUAUCUUCAGUAAUAAAGCCCAAAAUGUGUCACAUAUGUAGGAUGUAUCUGUACAGAAAGCAUCGUGUAGUGCAGUGUUGAAUAUACAUAAAGCUUAUGAGACUCUAGCACUGUGUAUUGUGUUAUCAAAUGAUAUAAAUUCAGUUUAAAUAUUUAUUUCAUGAGAACUUUCUAAAAGCAGAACACUGAGCAGACUCCAUUCCAUUGGUGCUUCACCUGAAUCAAAUUAACCAUCAUGAGCUUCCUUGUCGACUCAAUAUUUAUGGUCAUCUCGCAGCUCCUGUUUUUUGCAUUUGGGUGGCUGUUUUUCAUGCGUCAGCUAUUUAAGGACUAUGAGGUCCGCCAAUACGUUGUGCAGGUCGUCUUUUCAGUGACGUUUGCCUUCUCCUGUACCAUGUUUGAGCUAAUCAUCUUUGAGAUUCUUGGACUAUUAAACAGCAGCUCUCGCUACUUUCACUGGAAGCUGAAUCUGUUUGUGAUAUUGCUGGUCCUCGUGUUUGUCGUGCCUUUUUACAUUGGCUACUUUGUGGUGAGCAAUAUCCGACUGUUGCAUCGCCAACGGGUGAUUUUCUCCUGUGCCGUCUGGCUGACAUUUAUGUAUUUCUUUUGGAAAAUUGGAGAUCCGUUUCCUAUACUGAGUCCCAAGCAUGGCAUACUGUCCAUAGAGCAGCUGAUCAGCAGGGUGGGUGUAAUUGGAGUGACUCUCAUGGCCCUGCUGUCUGGAUUUGGUGCUGUGAAUUGUCCCUACACCUACAUGUCAUACUUCUUAAGGAAUGUUACAGAAGCGGAUAUAGUGGCUCUGGAGAGGAGGCUUCUUCAAACAAUGGAUAUGAUCAUCAGCAAGAAAAAGAGGAUAGCAAUGGUCAGGAGAAAUAUGUUUCAGAGAGGAGAAGUACACAGCAAGCCCAGUGGAUUCUGGGGCAUGAUAAAGAGCGUAACUUCAUCAGCACCUGUCAGCGAAAAUCUAUCCCAGAUACAGCAGGAGGUGGAUGCAUUGGAAGAGUUGAGCCGGCAGCUUUUCUUGGAGACGGCCGAUCUUCAUGCAACAAAGGAGCGAAUUGAAUAUUCAAAAACUUUCCAAGGCAAAUACUUCAACUUUUUAGGCUAUUUCUUCUCCAUCUACUGUGUCUGGAAGAUUUUCAUGGCAACUAUUAAUAUUGUGUUUGACCGAGUUGGCAAAAAUGAUCCAGUCACAAGAGGAAUAGAGAUUACUGUGAAUUAUCUGGGCAUACAGUUUGAUGUCAAGUUCUGGUCCCAGCACAUCUCCUUCAUCUUGGUUGGUAUCAUCAUUGUGACAUCCAUCAGAGGCCUACUUAUCACGCUCACCAAGUUUUUUUAUGCCAUUUCUAGCAGCAAAUCCUCCAAUGUAAUUGUUCUGCUGUUGGCUCAGAUCAUGGGCAUGUACUUUGUUUCUUCUGUACUGCUUAUUCGGAUGAGCAUGCCGCUGGAGUACCGUACAAUUAUUACUGAGGUGUUAGGUGAGCUCCAGUUCAACUUCUAUCAUCGCUGGUUUGAUGUGAUAUUUUUGGUCAGUGCCCUAUCGAGCAUUCUCUUCUUGUAUCUCGCACACAAACAAGCUCCAGAGAAGCACAUGGGGUUAUAACUCAAAAGCCCCCAAGGAACUGACUACUAAAAGUGACAGCCAUGUUUGUCAUGGCAACAGCCAUCUUGUCUGAUAUUCUCAACACAGUGUGACGAUCCUGCAGCACAGAUCCACAGUGUACGAGCAAAGUGACUUCAUAAGAGAUUUAAAAGAUAAAGAACUGGUUCAGUAUUUAUAUUUGCUGCCCCACAUGGGACAUGGAAUCACGCGCUUAUUAAAAACUGGAUUUUCAAAAUCUGUGCAAUUGAUUUAGAAUCAAAUAACAAACUUAUGCUAAAUAUAAUCAAGUUCUAAAGAAUACAUAUCAAACCUUUUUCGAGAGCAAAACAAAUAGUUUUUUUUAUCCCUCUCGAUACUAGAUGUAGCCACUGUCAGAAUGCGUUAGCGAUCAGCUGCAGCCCGAUGCCAAGAAGUUGUUAAAUUGAAUGCUUGGUGUAAUCACUUGAAUGUUUGCAAGAGGGUCAGUUAAAUUAUUUGAUUUCUUCCUAAUGCAAUGUCACAGCGAUUUAUAAUCUUACCCUGUGUAGAAAUUUCUGUUUAUUAAAUAUUUUUUUAUGUU